CUCACAUUAACGGUUUUCCUCGAAUGCGAGUUUAGCCGUUAAUUUCUAACCUAGUUAAAAGUUCUCUUCGUUUUAUGCUUCAAUACCUUACCCAAUUUUCAAGAGCACCUGUAUGCCAUUAUUUCAAGCACUGUCUGUAGCGGCUCGUGGAGCACAAGCUCUGUCAACCACUGCAAGUAAUCGUCCAGUACGUCUAAUAGAUCCCUCACCAGUUCGUUAUGGCUUUAUUCCAGAUGAAUGGUUCACGUUCUUUUAUCCUAAAACUGGAGUUUCAGGACCUUACAUGUUUGCAAUCGGAGUAUCAACAUAUCUAGUUUCAAAGGAAUUCUAUGUAAUUGAACAUGAAUUCUAUGCUGGACUUUCUAUGCUUACGAUUGGGAUUUAUGUAUACCAGAAAUUUGGCGACACGAUAGCGAAAUAUUUGGACAAAAAUGUUGAUGACUAUGAAGCUCAAUGGGAAUCAGCUAAAACUAAUAACAUUAAAUUUCUUGAAGACAGCAUUGAAUCUGAAAAAAGUGAACAAUGGAAAGCAGAAGGUCAAUUGUUGCUUCUAGAGGCAAAAAAACUAAAUAUAAAAUUGCAGUUAGAAGCAAUAUAUAGAGAGCGUCUUGCUAAGGUUUAUGAAGAGGUAAAGAAGCGUUUAGAUUACCAAGUUCAACUUCAGUCCGUUGAACGGAGGAUAGCUCAAAGGCACAUGGCUAACUGGAUCAUCUCGAGUGUCAUAAAAUCCAUUACCCCGGAUCAGGAGAAGGCUGCACUUAAUCAAUGCGUUAAGGAUCUUGAAGCAUUGGCAUCAGCUAGAGCAUAAGGUUGUACCGAUACAUUAGAAGAAAUAGAAUCUACGCAUGGUCAUGUUUAGCCAUGUAAUGAACAUUACCAUAAUAUUAUGAAAUAUGUACAGUACUCGUCAAAAUGCGAUUUAAUCACAAGCCUGAGAGCUCUGGUUGGCAAAUAAAUGUUCAGCUGGAAAGGAA